ACUAAGCCAGACUCAACCUCUCUUCUGAUGCAAGAAGAGGCUCAGCCUCCCUUCUUUAACCCAACCAUCAUGGAAACCCAAUCAUGCAGCCCCUGAGGCAGAAUGGAAGCAUCCCAGCAAGAUCCACCACUUUCCAACGUCUCCUUCUACCAGCCUUCAGUGCUCCUCAUGACUGGCAUUCCUGGAAUGGGCAAGAGUCACCACAGACUGGUCUCCAUCCCCUUCUGCUUGUUCUACCUCGUGGCCCUCUCAGGCAACUGCACCAUCCUGUUCAUCAUUGGGAGAACCCCAAGUCUUCACGAGCCAAUGCAUUACUUCCUCUUCAUGUUGGCGGUCAUGGAUCUGGGCCUGGUGAUGUGUACCCUCCCUACCACUCUGGGCAUCUUCUGGUUUGACAUCAGGGCUAUUGGGUUUGACGCCUGCCUCACCCAGAUGUAUUUCAUUCACAUCGUCUCCGUGAUGGAGUCGUCGGUGCUUCUGGCCAUGGCCUUUGACCGCUUUGUGGCCAUUUCGAGGCCCCUGAGGUACAAAGCCAUAUUGACCAAGUCUACCAUCUUUAAGAUCGGCCUGGCCAUGCUGAUGAGAGCUGCGGUUUCUCUCCUCCCAGUCCCUUUCCUACUGAAGAGGCUGACGUACUGCAGCAACAACAAUCUCUCCCACUCCUUCUGCUUCCACCCUGACAUCAUGAACUUGGCCUGCGCAGAUGAUAUCAGCGUCAACAUUCUGUAUGGCUUAAUUGUCAUUCUCUCAACUGCCGGCAUAGAUUCAGUCUUCAUUGUGCUCUCUUAUGUCCUGAUCAUCAGGACUGUCCUAAAGCUGGGCACCAAGGGGAAGUGCCUGAAGGCUUUGAACACGUGUGUCUCUCACAUCUGUGCUGUGCUCAUAUUUUUCAUCCCUAUGAUUGGCCUAUCCAUGAUUCAUCGAUUUGGCAAGGACGUGCCCCCACUUGUAAACACCAUGGUUGCCUAUGUCUAUCUGAUAGUGCCCCCUGCUCUAAACCCUAUCAUAUACAGCAUCAAAUCCAAGCAGAUCCGCAGAGCUAUCCUGAGGCUAUUGCUUUGGAAGACGGACCCUCUUUGAAACAGGGCAGGGAGGUGAACCAAAAUAUUUUUCAGAUCAAUCCAGUUCGGGUUCAACUGUGCAACUAACAACGUUGUACG